CCAGAAUGGAAAAAAUAACUUCAUUCCCUUCACACACGCUCCGUUCUUCUUCCUACCUCCAGGACCAGGUUAGCCAUGGCGACCCUGCCGCCCAGGUCGGGAGCUUUCUCCGAGGGCUAUAACUUCGCCUACGCCUGGGACAAGAAGGUGCCGCUCACGGGGCAGCAGAACGCCGCCAUCUCCGCGCUCUCGCACACCCUCGCCGACCGCCCGUUCCCGGCCCAUCUGCAAGAUGCAGACAACGACUCUGCUUUCGAGGAGGCCGGUGCAGUGGAUGCGGCCUUGGUGAACACACAUCAGUUCUACAAAUGGUUUGUUCAACUAGAAUCUGCCAUGAAAUCCGAGAUUGACGAAAAGUAUCGCCUCUAUGAGAGCACAUUACAGGAACAUGUUAACACAUGUGAUGGUAUCCUUCGACAAGUGGAUGACACACUCAACUUGUUUGAACAAGUACAAUCCUUGCACUCGAGAGCUGCCAUAAGAAUACAAACUUUGCAUGAUGCUUGCGACCAACUUUUGAUGGACAAACAAAGGCUUGUUGGGUUUGCUGAAGCACUCCGAAGCCAUCCAUCUGAGAUCCAACGUGCCACGUCAAAAUUUUCUAGUUUUGCGCGUUUAGCUCAGUUUCUACUAUAGUCUUCCCCUGCUGAAGCGCGUAGGUCAAACUAUUUUUAUGAAUUGGAAAAUGUAAGAUCUGGCAUGCAUAAAUAUGUGCCUGCGUGUGUGAUGCUUAGAAUUGUUUUUCAAACAUCAAUUAAUCAGUGAUGAUAAGUACUA